GAUAAUCGGCAGGAAAAGAAAAGAAGGGUUGGUCAUGCGUCCUUUGAACGGCCACCAACUUUUUUAAAAGAAAACUACGACGAACCACUUUAACAUUUUAUAAUCGGUGCAUCUUCGGUGAAAGGUCGGAGCAAGACGUCGGACAUCAAAUAUGGCUCCAGUAACGAUGAAUACAGAACAGGUAUAUGUCUUUAUUUUUAUUAUUUUUCUCCUUUUUUUGUGCCAUAAGUUUGAAUUUAAACUGUUAUCUUUAAUGUUUAAUACUAAACUCUUUAUACCAUUCCAAAUUUGGCUAUACAGGCUUCAAAAUAGAGUUAAUUUUUGACAUGAGAGUACGCUUCAUUGUUGCCAAGUUGCAGUAAACAUCUCCAUACAUCGAUAUUUUGUCUGCUUUGUAUAAACUUUCUGUAUUUCUAAUUUCUUAAAAUUAGCAACAGGUUUUGAAGUUUUUAUUGAAGAAUAACAUUAAAGUAUAAACAUACUGUUGUACAUUAGUUCUUUUUGUGAACAAAUUGUGUUUUUGCCAUGUUUAUAUAAAUAAAAUACAUUAUUUUGUUGUAUAUUUUGAACUUCUCGUGUUUCGCGCGGAAAAAUAUAACCUAUAUCAUCGUAUGUCUAUAUAUAUAGUAAAGUGUUAUAAAAUUUAAACCCAAUUAGUGAACAGUUCAACACUCGCAAAUGUCGAUUCUAUUUAACUGCCUAUCGUAAUUCAUCGCUGACUGUCGCAAGAAAUAAGAAAAAUUUGUUUUGUUGCGACAGUCGGUGGAAGUCGCAGGCACUCUGCGAUAAUAACACAAAUGAAAACACUAUUUGCAAGUUGUCGGCAACAGUCAACGAUACUAAUGAAAGCCAGCUCUGUUCAAUAGACCUUUCCGGUAAUUAUGUCACGACUAACACUGUUUUCAACUUAGGACCACCUUAAAUGGAAUAGAUUUCAAGUUUGUUUCUCAUGGGCUAUAGUCAGAGAAGCAGAACAUCCUUCAUCAACACAUGCAUUGGAUUUUGACUAUUAAAUGUGGAAAUAAGCUUAAACAUGAAAACGAGGCUGAGGGGCCCAUCUUGGUCCCUCAGCCUCAUUUUCGUGUUUAAGCUUAUUUCCACAUGUAUUGGUCAAAAUCCAAAAUUAUUUUUUAUGCAUGUGUUGACGAAGGAUGUUCUGCUUCUCUGACCAUAGCCCAUGAGAAAAAAAUUUGAAAUCUAUUCCAUUUAAGGUGGUCCUAAGUUGAAAACAGUGUAGUUGUGACAUAAUUAUCGGAAAGAUCUAUUGGAUAUGGCAUGUGCGGACAGUUGUGGUUUUGUAAUUUUAAUUUGAUAGAAAAAGAAAAUGCGGUCAAUAAGUUGCAGUUUGAGAAGCAGAUCAUUUGGGAGUGACGUUUGAUAGUUCUGUUAUAAAUUCAAAACUAUGAUGAAUCUAAAUUUGCAUUUAAUCAUUAGAUAACUGAUGAUGGUCCAGGGCAAAACAAUACGAUAGUUUUCAAUGCAUCUAAGAAGGAACUGUUUACACCAACAAGUGGUUUCAAGUCUCUUGUUAGAAAGUUGAAAACUAAUUGGAAAGUUGUUGUGUAAGUUUUAAUAUUGUAGUGUAUUAAUUCUGACUGAAAUGUUGUGAAGAUAUUAAAUAAUUUGUGUCAUUUAUACUUGUGAUUGUCUCAUUAUUUCCAGGGCAAGAUUAACUUAAUAACUUUCUUGCCAAUAACAGCAGUGACACUUCCAGCCGUUUCCUACUUCACCAGUUUGCUUAUUGUCCUGCGCUCCAUGACAUUAUGCAAAAACUCCCUUUUCAAAUGGCAAAACUCCCUUUUCAAAUGGCAAAACUCCCUUUUCAAAUGGCAAAACUGGACCUUUUCAAAUGGCAACACUCCCUUUUCAAAUGGCAAAACUCCCUUUUCGAAUGGCAAAACUCCCUUUUCAAAUGGCAAAACUCCCUUUUCAAAUGACAGAACUCUCUUUACAAAUGCCAGAACUUACUUUACAAAUGCCAGAACUCCCUUUACAAAUGGCAGAACUUGACAACUUUAUUUUGAUUAUUAAUUAAAAUGAAGAUUAGUUUGUUCUUUUACCGAAAGUGACUGGGCAAAAUGACCGGCAAGGUAAGAAUUUGACCGGGAAACUCCGCAUUCUGGCCGGACAUUGUCCGUAGACCGGCUGUUAUUUUUCGUGCCCUGCUGAUGAGCCCUACUUUAUUAUUUUACUGCUGCCACUCAAUGAGUUAAUUAAACUGUAGUGAUCACCCUGGUUUGUUAAAACGUGAUUUGAAAAUAAAUUAUUUAGUAAUAAAGAUGACAUCACAUUGGAAAGACUUAUGUAUGCAAAGCUGUUUAUUCUUGCUGGACCAAGGGAAAAGAUAUCUGCCAGCGAGGUGAGAUGAAUGAACCCCUAAUUAGCCCUAACGAAUCAUUACUGAAAAGGCAAAUUUCAAACAAAAAUACAAAAAGUUGUCAAGGUCAAUGAAAAUGUUCUUCCAUGGAGUCCAACAUAAACCUUUUUCAAAAUAGCAGGAAAUAUGAAAAAUUUUGAAUUAAAAUCUUUUGAAUAAAAAGCAGGAUGUUUAUGAAAGUCUAUACUCAUGCUCAUAUACAUGCCAAAAUCCAGAAAAGUCAAAAUAUAUAAUAUUCUAGACAUGUCGUACAAGGUUUUGACAACAUUUUGACCUGAUACAUUUCAGUUUGAAGCAAUAAAGAGUUAUCUCGACAAAGGUGGGAAUAUAUUAGUCCUACUUGGUGAAGGGGGCGAGACUCGCUUUGGCACAAACAUUAACUUUCUGCUCGAAGAUUUUGGAAUCAUGGUCAAUAGUGGUGAGCAUUUGGAUUUUUUUUUUUGGAAUCAAUUUUUCUUUAAAAGAAUUUGCACUUAUAAAUUUUUAGCAAUUUCAUGAAAAUAAUUUAUGUUUUUUGUUAUUGUUAGAUGCGGUUGUUAGGACCUCCUAUUAUAAAUAUUUCCAUCCAAAAGAGGUUUAUGUAUCUAAUGGAGUGCUAAACAGGUAUACUAUACUUACCCAUUUAACUGCAAUUCACCCAUGGCCCAUGCUUUGAAUUACCAACUGAAGAUAUACAUCCUUUUUCUAGAGAGAUCAAUCACGCUGCAGGCAAGCAAGUCCCAGGAGAUGUAGACAACGAAGUUUCAACUGCCGCACUGUACGUGAAAUUCAUAAACUUUUCUAUUAAUACUUUAACCUGCCGUGGUUGACGUCAGAUCCGUGCACGUAUAAUAAUGUUGAAUUUUCAUUAGCACAGACCUUCAUUAGUAUACUCUUCCUUUGAAUGGAGUGGAUAAAAUAGGCAAUUUGUCAAAACAGCCAAUUCUGAAUGUCAGUAGGUGGGUGGGGGCGAGUUGUCAAUAAUUAAAAGGUUUUGUCAGAAAUUCAGGAGGUUUUACCCCCACCAGAGAAAAAGUGAAUUCCUACCACUGAGUGACCAGUAAUCUGUCAAAAAUCAUAUUAAAUUGUACAGUUUCUUGCUUUCAAAUUUUUGAUAAGAAUUACAUGAUCAUUUUCUUUAGAUCUCUGAACUUUGUUUAUCCUUUUGGUGCAACACUGAAUGUCGUCAAACCUGCUGUACCGGUUUUGUCUACGGGAACUGUGUCAUUGCCUGUGAACAGACCAAUAUGUGCAUUUCAUGCCUCCAAGGUAAAUACGUCAAAGAACGUAGUUCACUGAGCACUAUCGUGCCGCAGAUGCUGGUCUAGCUACCAGCAGGGGGUGAUUGAGUCGUAAUUCCAGUUAUAGACUAAAUUUUGAACGAAAUCCAACACCACAGCUAGAAAGAGCGUCUUAGAAUGAGUAAAACUGCAAAGAUUGGUUGCUAAAUGUUGUAAAAUGAAGAAAAUAUAGCCCUGUGAAGUUCGCAAAUUUUGUAUAUAUUUGUAUUGCAAAUAAUGCACGUAAUGCAAAUAUACAAAAUUUGCGAACUUCACAAGGCUACAGUAUAUUUUCCAAUUUUACUCAUUUUAAGAUGCUCGUUCCAGGCUUCCAGCUGUGGUAAUCGAUUCCGUUCUUCUUGUCUAGAUCAAAAUUUCGUCUAUCAAAAAAUCAUCCAUUAUCAGAAAGAUAAAUUCUUUACAUUAUAUAUAGUGUGCAGUAACUGCGGUGCUGUAGUCUUGUAAUUUAGCGGUCAAUAAAAUAAAAGGAUUCAAUAUAAUUUAUCAGCAUUUCUAAGGUGAACUCUCGUCUUCUCAUUCUUCUGUUUGAAGUGUUUACUGAAAUCACCAUUAAGGAUACUUCUGUAUAGAAAGGCAACCAUCUCUGAAUAGCGAACAUAUAUAUUAAUUUCUGUUACUGUAGCGUGGUCAAGGUAAACUUGUGGUGAUUGGAUCUGUGCAUAUGUUCAGUGAUCAAUAUUUUGAUAAAGAAGAGAACAGCAAAGUUCAGGUCAGUAGCCUGACAACAAUCUCGUUCCCAGGUCUUUCAUAGUCGCACAACAGACAUUUUGAUCAUAGUUUAUUCCACUCAAGACCAUUUCAACGCGUGUCCAGCAUUAUUUUUGCCACGAAAAAUCGCAGAUUUUUUAGCGCGAUGUGACAUUCCCGCGUGAUUGCAAGACCUGAAUGAAGUUUUUGUUUGCACGAAGUGAUUUUUCACUUUGUCGUUAUCACUUAACAUAUCAGCAAAAGCAAUACCGACAAAAAGAAAAGUCGCAUACUACUCCAUAGUUAACGGCAUACUACUCCAUAGUUAACGACAUACUACUCCAUAGUCAACGACAUACUACUCCAUAGUUAACGACAUACUACUCCAUAGUUAACGACAUACUACUCCAUAGUUAACGACAUACUACUCCAUAGUUAACGACAUACUACUCCAUAGUUAAUGACAUAGUACUCCAUAGUUAACGACAUACUACUCCAUAGUUAGAGACAUACUACUCCAUAGUUAACGACAUACUACUUUAUAGUUAACGACAUACUACUCCGUAGUUAAGGACAUACUACUCCAUAGUUAGAGACAUACUACUCCAUAGUUAACGACAUACUGUACUACUCCAUAGUUAACGACAUACUACUAUAUGUUAGUGUGGUAUGUGAUUGUAUCUCAGGAAAUGAUUCGUUUACUUAGGAUGUUAUCUUUCAAUGGCUGACAACAAAUGACAUCAGAUUGAACAGUAUUGACGCAGAAGAUCCAGAGGUUUGCAGUGUUUUCUAUUGUAUAGUAUCAAUCUUGUUUAUUUGUAAACUUGUAGAUCCUGCUUGCAUAAAUUGUUACGAUUGUGGUCCAAUUACACACGUAAAAACGCACACGUUGUAACAAACCUUGCUACAAGCCUGUUGCAAACAUAUCUUGUUGACAAGUUGUGAGAUUUUUAUGUGUGUCCGUGAAAGGUUUUGUCAAAGGUUUCUUCAGUCUUUUUCAGGACCAAACCGUCAGCAGUUCUUUGUAGAAUAUUAUUAUUCUACCAGCACUGGAUUUCCACGUUUGAUAGAAUCACUAAAUAUUAUCAUUUGUAUAUCUAGAUCUCCGAUUAUCAUUUUAUACCAGACACAUCGAAAUUGGCUGAGCGACUCAAAGUGUGUUUGCAGGAAGGCGAAGAGGUAUUGUCCAGGAUGAUUGAAAUAUUCAAUUACACUCUUGAGUAUAUAAAAUAAUUGAAGCUCAUCUGCCUUUUAUAUGUUCCUAUAGAUACCACACGAUUUUUCGAAAAUGUUUGAUAAGGAUCUUUUCAAACUCGAUACAGCAAUUGUCCCUGAAGUACUUAGGUAAGGUUGUGUGUGUUUCUGUUUUUAUUCUUUUUGUAGAACUUGCCUUAAUGUUUUCUGUUGAAUUUCAGAGGCUAUGAUGAAAUGCAUGUGAAGCAUGAACCGCUACAACUUAUUCCUCCACAGUUUGAAACUCCACUUCCACCACUACAGCCGGCGGUAAGAUGUGUGUUUCAUUAAACUAGAUACUAGACUAUUUCACAUCGACACGGGCUGUCCAAACAAGCCGUCCAAAACAUACCGUGGCGCAUGAAAUCAGUUGCCAUGUACUCAUAAUUUGGUACCUUUCUGACAAAAAAUGUUGAAACGUGUGCAAUAAAGUAAACAGCAUCAAACAACUUUCAGAUACUCAAGAAAUAUCACAAGGCUUGCUAUUUAAAGAAUAAAGGAAUACCGAAUGGUUUUCCGUGCAGGAUUGCGUGAUCCAUCAUGCUAUCCUGCUUGGAAAGUAAAUGUUUUAUAAAAUAACUACAGUGAAACAAUGACAUUUUGAGAAUCCUGCGAAGGCAUUUUAAUUCCUCGUGUGCAGGAUAGCCUGAUCCUGCACGGCUAUUGACCAAUCAAAUUGCGUGUUUCACUGUAGUUAUUAUAUAAAACAUUUUCUCGGGUUAUCCCAGACCGUCUAUUAGUGAGGUUCAGCUACCAUUGGUGGAGUAGUGACCAAUCAGAUGGGUGGUAGUGGAAGUCAAAUCUGAACCUCUCUAUAUUAAAAAGUGGCUGUCUAAAUUCAAAAGUGGUCGUCCCCAGGACGAUUAGAUGGCCCCUGGCUAAAUGCCUGCAGCCUGCAUCGACAAUAUCUACUGUAAUUUUUAAAAUUCAUUGCAGGUAUUUCCUCCUACAUUUCGUGAACUCCCUGGUGCUCCGCUUGAGUUGUUUGAUCUGGAUGAUCAUUUCUCAUCUGAAAAAGUCAGGAUUGCCCAAGUCACUAAUAAAUGUAAGUCGAGUCUCACACCUUACCGGACCUCCGAGGAAGAUUCGAAAACAUGAUAGAGCUAUCUAGUAGAAAUGAAGUUAGUUUAGUGUAGGGACAGAUUUACUGGGGGGUGCACCCCCUGUCAACUGUCGAGCUAGACUGCAAAUGGGUCCCUGAACGCCUGGUCCAUGAAGGUCAAUGAAUACCCUUUCUGCUAGACCUGGCUGAAUCCAUCCCUGAGCUCUUGGUGUAUCAGAGGAGUACUAUAGUGGAGGACCAUUAGUAAGAUAUGUUUUCGCAACUGCUCUAGAUUAAAUUAUAAAGUUAUACAUACUUUUCACUGAAAGUCACGACCCAAGCAAAGGCUAUGUUCUGUAUUGUUGCAGGUUCUGAUGAUGAUAUGGAAUACUAUGUGCGUGAAUGUGGUGAAAUAUUGGGCGUGACUAACAAGUUACCUGCCGAUGCCAGAGAUGCAAAACACAUCCUUGAAUAUAUACUGGCACAAGUGGCUGAAUUCAAAAAACUGAACCAGGUUUGUAAAUAAUGAUAAUCCUUACUGGACCUCUAAGGUGAACAGUUUAGAUCUGAUACAGCUAUACAGUAUAAAUAAAGUUAGUUUAGGUUUCCUCCUGUAGUAACACUGGAUCAAUAAGAAAUUAUCCUUACUGGACCUCUAGGGCGAACAGUUUAGAACUGAUAGAGCUAUACAGAAAAAAUAAAGUUAGUUUAGGUUUCCUCGUGUAGUAACACUGGAUCAAUGAGAGAUGAUCCUUACUGGAUCUCUAGAGAGAACAGUUUAGGACUGAUAGAGCUACCCAGUAUAAAUAAAGUUAGUUUAGUGUAAGUUUCCUCCUGUAGUAACACUGGAUCAAUAAGAGAUGAUCCUUUAAUGCUGGACCUCUGGGGAGAACAGUUUAGAACUGAUAGAGCUAUCCAGUAUAGAGAUGUCAUUUGAUGUAUGUAAUCAUUACUCCAUCGUGUGACAUGCGUGUUGUUGAUUUCAGGAACCCAAUGACGUGCUUUCUGGUACAUAAAGUCAAGAUAUUUGCCAUUCUCAAGGUAGUUCGACUUUAUAAGGUAUGAUAUCAGAAACUCCAAAACCAGGCAUUACACUGCGUCCGAGGUGAGAGGUAAACCUUUUGACCGAUGUUAUUUAAUUUAUAACAUUGGCCAACGUCGUUCCCAGGGUAUUCCGGUUUUCACUUGAUUCCAUCUGCCAAACGGACGUUACGUCUUUGAUCAAUUUCUAGAGUUGUUUCUUUUUGGAUUUUUUUUUAUUAAUGGACCAUUUGCAUUAUAGACUAAAUUUUGAUCUAAACAAGUCUAGACAAAAAUUGCAUCACAGCUUGAAAGAGCAUCACAAAAUUAGUAAUAUUCCAAAGUUUCGUUGCGAAAUGUUGUAAAAUGCGGAUAAUAUAGCCUUGCGAAGUUUGCCAUUUUUCAGUCAUUUUGUAUUACAAACGGGAAAUUGACAGCAAACUUCGCAAGGCUAUAUUAUCGGCAUUUUACAACAUUUCGCACCGAAACUUUGGAAUAUUACUAAUUUUGUGAUGCUCUUUCAAGCUGUGAUGAACUUUUUGUCUAGACUUGUUUAGAUCAAAAUUUAGCCUAUAAGGCAAAUGGUCCAUUGAGUUAGGGUUGGGGUUAGAGUAUAGGGGUAGGAUUUGGGUUAGUUACCUAGCCAUUUAACACCUCUUCCAUCUUCCGGAAAUGACGUCAUGUUAGUUUGGUUGAUGGAAAUAACUGCUAACUGGGUGUCCUCUAGGGAAUAAUCUGGGAACGAGGUUGGACAUGAGUAGGACCAACCUCGCACCCAGGGGUUAUAGGGGAGGACGUCAAAAUAUCGCCAAGAUGGCGGGUUUUGGUACUGAGAAAGAUGGUAUGUGUUAAUAUAUUUCAUCGCCAUGUUUAAUUAAUCUAUCAAGCUGAAUUUCUUCACGAACUAUUUCAAGAUUUGAGCCAUUAGAUAAUAUCGCUCUGACACUGUACAUUAUACUGUAAGGUUACGUAUAAAUUUUGCUGUUAAAUUAUUCCAAAGUUUCUUUUUAAAAUAGAAUGUAAAAAGCAUGUAAAUAUUUAAUGUGGAUACAACAGUUACUCCAAGACAUUUUCCAAUGAUUACAAAUCGCAGAGCAUCGCCAUUUUAAACUUGUUACUUAUUAACUCGGCAGACCACAUUCUUCGGUUUUCCACUAGCCAACAAUCAACCUCGUUCCCAGGGUCUCUCCUUCUCCUGGGUACGAGGUUGGCCAACAAUUAGAAUCAUUUGGUGCAUCUCUGCAUGAAACUCAGCAAGGCUGCAUGGGGCAUACGUUAGAUCAUGCAACGGGGGUUACAUAUAUUGAACUAUCUAUAUAGCUACAAGAACUAUCCAAAGAGCAGAGCUGCAAUUGACCAUUUGCGUAAUAGAUUUUGAACUAAACUAAAUUUUGAACUAAACAAGUCUAGACAAAAAUUUCAUCACAGCUUGAAGGAGCAUCACAAAAUUAGU